AUGCAGGAAAUUGUGGCUCCUGUUGACGGCAUAAAGUUUCAGAUUGAAGUGGCUUUGGAACUUCAACAUGGAGCCCAGCUUUUACCGUUCCCUGGGAUGGACAAAUCUGGUGCUGCCAUCUGUACAUACUUCCUGACAUCGGCAUGUAGCAAAGGUGCAUCAUGUCCUUUCAGGCACAUUAAAGGUGACCGUUCAGUUGUCUGCAAGCAUUGGUUGAGGGGUCUGUGCAAAAAGGGAGAUGACUGUGAAUUUCUCCAUGAGUUUGAUAUGUCUAAAAUGCCAGAAUGCUUCUUUUUUUCAAAGUUUGGGCAGUGCAGCAACAAGGAGUGUCCAUUUCUUCAUAUCGACCCCAAGAAUAAAGUGCGGGAUUGUCCUUGGUAUGACCGAGGCUUCUGUAGACAUGGUCCCAGCUGCAAGAACCGCCAUGUGAGAAGAGUUAUCUGCCAGUGCUAUCUCAAUGGGUUUUGCUUAGAUGGUCCCAACUGUAAAUAUGUGCACCCAUCAUUCAGGAUUCCAGACCCAGAUCCAGUGUUUGCACAGAAGAAGCAGAACAUUGUCUGUCACUUGUGUAUGCAGCCUGGCCACAAGGCCAUUCAGUGCCAUGCAGCCAGGCAGUCCAACAUGAUACAGGGUUCAGGAGAUGACUCCAGCAACCAGACAUCACAGUCUUUCUCUCACACACAGCACCAACAAGCACAGCAACAAGUACACUCUCAUCCUGGACAGAGAGAGCGCAGACCACUCGACCAAAUCACAUGUUUCAAAUGUGGAGAUAAGGGACACUUUGCCAACAGAUGUCCAAAAGGCCACCUGGCAUUCUUGUCUGCAGCCAACUAUGCCAACCAGAAUUCAAAUAAUGCUUCAUAA